UUGGUUUUUUAAUUUUAUUUAUAUAUUGUUUUGGCUACUUGUAUUACUUUUCAUUUUUUCAGAGAAGACCUUGACUCAGCAACACAUUCAAUUCAUUGCUCUUGUAGUCUUGUUAUUCAUUAACUAGUACACUUUCACAUAAUUUGUUAACCAAAAAUAAGCACAAAAAUGUUGAAAGCAGAUUUUGGUUGGCGUCACCAUACUUUGCUAACUAUUUUUGCUACCAUAGUUUUAGCAAUAUUGCCUCUAACAAACUCCCAAAUAGCCCUUCCUGGUUGUCCUGAAAAAUGCGGCAACGUUACGAUCCCCUAUCCUUUCGGUAUAGGUGAUAAGUGCCACUACGAUCAUCCCGAAGACGGCUUCUACUACGAUAUCACUUGCAACACUAGUAAUAUCCCGGUGGUUCCGACGUAUGGUAGUAUAGAGAUUGAGAAGAUCUCUCUAAAUGGUGAAUUUCGAGUACGUAACUACAUUUCAUAUAGUUGUUACGAUAAAAAUGGUAUAGAAACUCGUAAUUUUACAUCUUGGAUUAGUAUAACAAGAUUUUCACUUUCAACAACCCGAAACAUUGCUGGUGCAAUUGGUUGCGACACAUUGACACUCUUCUCUGGUACACGGAUGGAAAGUACCAACUUGUUUCAAACCGGGUGUGUGACCGGGUGCACGAAUCAAACAGAUGUAAGCAAUGAGUGUUCCGGAAUUGGUUGUUGCCUAGCAUCUAUUCCAAAUGGGAUAACCAACAUAACGCUAGGCGUUGGGAGUCUCUAUAACCAUAAGGAUGUGCAAGACUUCAACCCUUGCAGUAUUGCAUUUGUGGUGGCUAAAGAUUAUGUAGAAGAGAAGGGAACACCCUUCUCUUUUGACUCUAUACUAAUACAAGAUGCCGCGUAUUUAGAUACUCUAAGUACACCCAUGGUAUAUAAUUGGUCAAUUGGAACAGAAGAUUGCAAAACCGCGCUAGCAGCAAAGAAUUGCCUAUGCAAAGGAAAUAGUACCUGCUUCGACGCCACUUCUGGUCAAUGGGGAUACCACUGCAAGUGUAACCUCGGUUUCGAGGGUAACCCCUACCUUCAUGAUUGUCAAGAUAUCGAUGAAUGCGCGAAUAAUAGCUUGAAUUCAUGUGAAAAACAAGAGUAUUGUGUUAAUGUUCCUGGAAAUUAUACUUGUACAUGUCCAAAGGGCUAUUAUGGCAAGGGUACAAAGGAGAAUCCGUGUACUCUCAUUGAUACCGAUUCAGCAAGCAGGAAGAAACUAUUACUGGCAAUAAGAAUAAUCAUUGGUAUUGCUGGUGGCAUCAUUGUAUCUUUGCUGGUUAUCUUUUGGUUUCAUUGGCAACAUGGAAACAAGAAGAUUCAAAAACUAAGGGAGAAAUGCUUUCACCAAAAUGGCGGUCAUAUUCUACAACAAAAGCUUUCAGGACGAGACGUGUCAAUUGGCAAUACAGUAAAGAUGUUCACGGAUGAAGAACUAAAGAAGGCGACUGAUAAUUACAGUGAAAAUAGCAUCAUUGGUCGAGGAGGUUUUGGCAUGGUUUUCAAGGGAAUACUACCUAACAAUCAAGUAGUCGCCAUCAAAAGGUCCAUCAAGGUUGAUUCCACCCAGGUCGAACAAUUCAUUAACGAGGUUGUUGCCUUGUCACAAAUCAAUAAUAAGAAUGUGGUAAAGCUCUUAGGUUGUUGCUUGGAGACGGAGGUACCAUUGCUCGUUUAUGAAUUUAUUAGUAAUGGUACAUUGCAUGAUCAUUUGCAUGAUGAAGGAAAAAUGUAUUCUUUUACUUGGGAUGUUCGCUUAAGAAUUGCAGCAGAAGUUGCUGAGGUCUUGGCUUAUUUGCAUACCACAAUUUCUAUACCGAUAAUUCACAGAGAUAUUAAGUCUGCAAACAUACUCUUGGAUGAUAAGUGCGUAGCAAAAGUUGCUGAUUUUGGAGCUUCUAAGCUAGCUCCGGUAGAUCAAGAGCAGUUAGGGACUAUGGUUCAAGGGACAUGUGGUUAUCUUGAUCCAGAGUACAUGCAAACUGGUGAGCUCACUGAUAAGAGCGAUGUUUAUAGCUUUGGUGUUGUUCUUGUCGAGCUACUAACUAGAGAGAAGGCCAUAUCUUAUGCUAAGCCUGAAAAUGAGAGAAGCCUUGCUGUAUGCUUUCUUAGGAAAAUUAAGGAAGAUCGUUUAUUUGAGAUUUUUGAUGAACAAAUUGUAAGUGAUAGUGCAAUGGAGCAGCUUAAGGAAGUUGCUAAUCUUGCAAGGAGGUGCCUGAAACUUAAAGGAGAGGAUCGCCCAACAAUGAAGGAGGUUGCAAGAGAGCUAGAAAGGAUUAGAUGUAUGACUAAUCAUCCAUGGUUGUCAAACAAUAGUGUGCUACUCCAAGAGGAGAGUGAAUAUCUGCUCGGUGAGGCGCACGAUUUCAACAAUGGCUAUGGCAAUGACGGUAUGAACUACUCUUCAAGCAGUCAAAGUAGAGUUGUGCAGUUGGUGCCUUUGGAUGAUGGGAGAUGAUUAUUAAUUUAUUAUUCUUGUUAGAGUUUAUAUUUAAUAUCAUAUUGACUUUUAAAUAUGUUGUAUAAAUACUUCAAGCUUGUACUAUUUUCAUUUUAACACAAUUAUAACAAAGAAAUUUUGAUAAUUACCACCAUCUAUUGUUGCCAAAAUUGAAAAUACCACCUCAAGUUUUUUUUUUUUUUUUUUUUUUUUUUUUUUUUUUUUUUUUUUUGAAUUUUACCACCUAGUUUUUUCCAAAAGUUUUUGAAAUCCCACCACUUUCUGAGAUGAUAUCAUUGUGGGAUCCACAAUUUCGUUUUCCCUCUCUUUCCCUCUCUUUCCCCUAUUCUUCUACUCCCUUCUUUCAAAUUCAUCUCUCAAAUUUGAUUUCAAUUACACAAAUUUCGCAAAUUAGGUUAUAAUUUCUAUAAUCUAACCUACAACGAACUGAAUUGAUUAGUUUAAUUAGGGUUUGGGUAAUCAAUUUGGGGGUUUUGCUAAAUUUGACAAAUUACCACAACGAUUCAACCAUGGUUAGUCUUGAAAUUGGUCUUAAAAUUGGUUAUAUAAGGCCAAA